AUGGCUUUUUUUCAUCCUCCUCCUUUUGUUUUCUUACUAAUUGUGCAAACAAUUUGUGUUGUUGCUCAAAAUAAUAGUGGUUAUGUAAGCGUUGGAGAAUCUCUCAUUGCAACUGACGACACCACUUCAUGGCUAUCACCUUCUGGUGAUUUUGCCUUUGGAUUUAGCCCACUCAGUCAAAAUGAUCUCUUCCUGCUUUCCAUUUGGUUUGCUAAAAUUCCAGACAAAACCAUAGUUUGGUAUGCUAAUGCGGAUAAUCCUGCACUGAGGGGAUCAAAAGUGGAGCUAAUUACUGACCGUGGGCUAGUACUUACUGGCCCUCAAGGCGAUGAGUUAUGGGCAACAAAUACCUCUGGUACUCUCUACGGUGUUAUGAGCAAUACAGGCAACUUUGUGCUUGAAGAUAGCAACUUUAGCAGGUUCCAGCUACGAUUCAUUGAUAAUCUUUUGCUCAAUACCAUAAAUUUGGCCACUGAUAAUCCUAAUGAUGCUUAUUAUGCUGCUGGUGAUUCUAGUGCAUCAAGUCCUGGUAAACAACUGGUCUUCAAUGAGUCAGGCUACAUUUACAUCUUGAAAAAUAACAGCCAAACAUUUCCUCUAAAUCAGGCAACGGUAGGCUCAACUGCUGAUUCCAAUUAUAGAGCCACUCUCAACUUUAAUGGAGUUUUCACCCAGUAUUCUCACCCGAAGACUUCCAACGCCAAUGUAAGCUGGACUGUGAUAUGGUAUUUGCCAGAUAAUAUUUGUGUUUCCAGUAAUGUACGCACAGGUAGUGGCACUUGUGGUUAUAAUAGUAUAUGUACCCUCAAACCAGAUCGAAGGCCGAUGUGUACAUGUCCCAACGGAUACUCCUUACUUGAUCCAAAUGAUCAGUAUGGCAGCGGCAUACCAGACUUCAUACAAGGCUGUGAAGAAGACAAGCUAAGUCCUGGAAAAGAUCUUUAUUCUUUUGAAGUGCUAAUAAAUACAGAUUGGCCAAACUCAGACUACGAGUUUCUGAAGCCUUAUAUAGAAGAUCAAUGCAAAACGUCUUGCAUGGAAGCUUGUAUGUGUGCUGUUGCAAUUUUCAGAUUAGGUGAUAGCUGUUGGAAGAAGCUGCCUCUCUCAAAUGGGAAAAUGGACAGCAACCUUAAUGGCGGGAAGGCUUUUAUAAAAAUCAGAAACAACAAUUCCAUCACACUUCCUGAUGGUGGCUUACCAAAUCCAGAAGCAAAGAAGAAUCAGGACAAAUUGAUCUUCAUGUGGUCAAUGCCUCUCGGUGGCUCUGUGUUUUUUAACAUUAUUUUAAUUGUUGCAAUUUGUAUAGGUGCUUUCUUCCUUAACAAUAAGAAGCUCAAAAGACCUAGAAUAAAUUUUAAUGUUGUGGAGAUGAAUUUGCAGUGUUUUACUUACAAGGAACUUGUAGAAGCUACAGAUGGGUUCAAGGAAGAAUUGGGCAGAGGAGCUUUCGGCGUUGUUUACAAAGGAGCAAUGCAAAUGAGUUCUAAUGUCCUCGUGGCAGUCAAAAAGUUAAAUAGUUUGUUUCAAGAGAGCGAGAAAGAGUUUUAA